CCCUUAAUUAUUUUUUCGUCUGUCAAAAACAGGGAAAAGAAACUAGACGAAGAAGAACCUUAGUAGUUAACGUGAAUUGAUAACUGAUAACUUGUCAAAUUGUGCAAGUUAAAGUUCUGGGUGUUGCUCAGUUCAUCAUAUGGCUGCCAAUUUCUGGAUUUCUUCUCAAUACAAAGAACUUUUGGAUCCUGAAGAGGUUGACGUUGUGCAUCAGUUGGAUAAAGAGAGAGGCAUCACUCUCGAUGAUUUCAAGCUCAUCAAAUUGCAUAUGUCCAUUUAUGUUGCGAGAUUGGCUCAAAAUGUGAAAGUGAGACAAAGGGUUGUUGCUACCGCAAUUACGUACAUGAGACGCGUAUAUGUCAGGAGAAGUAUGACUGAGUAUGAUCCUCGUCUGGUUGCUCCAACUUGCUUGUAUUUGGCAUCAAAAGCAGAAGAAAGCACUGUGCAGGCCCGACUUCUUGUAUUUUACAUCAAGAAGUUAUAUUCGGACGAGAAGUAUAAAUAUGAAAUAAAAGACAUACUUGACAUGGAGAUGAAAGUUUUGGAAGCCUUAAACUAUUACUUAGUCGUAUAUCAUCCAUAUCGUUCAUUAUCACAGUUCCUUCAGGAUGCCGGCAUGAAUGAUGUAACUCAAUUGACUUGGGGACUUAUAAAUGAUACCUAUAAGAUGGACCUAAUUCUCAUUCAUCCGCCACAUUUGAUUACUUUAGCCUGCAUAUAUAUUGCAAGUGUGCUGAAGGAUAAAGAAGCUACUGCCUGGUUUGAGGAGCUUCGAGUUGAUAUGAACGUGGUGAAAAAUAUAGCAAUGGAGAUACUAGAUUUUUAUGACGGCCAUAAAUCGAUCCCUGAGGAGAGGGUAAACGCUGCCAUGAGCAAGCUAGCUGGAAGGUAGUUGAUACCAGGGCAGUGACCUAGGUUAUGUCAACUUAAUACCAGGGCAGUGACCUAGGUUAUGUCAACUUAGUUGUCUCUACUCUCUAGAUCUCUUGAAUGAUUGCUGAGUGACGAACAGCUUCCAGUGCAACUUCCAAGUAAGAGAUUCAAGGGUAAGGAGAGGAGGUGUGGCAACAACAUGUAAUAGGAUUGAGUCGAAUUUGAUGUACCGCCAUCCAGGCUGGAUCUAGAUUGUAACUUAUGUAUUUACAUGAAUCCAGUAGCUUUGCCCGGACCCUCAAUAUAUGUAUUUAAAAAAGCCAUUAAAUAUCUAUAAAUCUUUGAUUAGAACCCAGUUAUUAUUGUAUGUCAACAUUAUAUAUUAACUUGACAUUGAUGUAGGUUCAAAUACUGGAUAUUUGAGCAUUAUGAUAUCUUCAGUUAUUCUCCAA